AUGCUGCCUCAUCACACGCACCAAGAUGGUGGAAUUGCAGACGCGGGAACAGAGUUUUCCUUAGAACAGGAUCCAGUCGCUCCUCAGCUUUCGCGAUCAGCUCAGAGGAGCACGACUUCACCAUCAGGAUCCAAGAUCCCUCGUUUUUUUCGGCUAUCUAAUGGCGCCAAGAAAAGUCAAUCAUCGAACCCCCCCGAUGAUGUUGCGACGGAUACGAAUUAUUCCACAGAAGGGAAAAGUCAUCCGGUUCCAAAAGCAAAAAGGACCGUACAGGUAAAGCGUGGCAAUAAGCUACUCCGCCUGUUUGGAGUUGAACGUACUUCUGUUCAUGAUCUUCAAGUUAUAACAGUCGACGAGUUCCCUGAUGGCGAGGCUGAGACCCAGUACGAGAAAUACAUCGACUAUCUUCGCAAUGCGCCUCCAGAGAAAAAUCCCUUGGGUCAUUUCCGUAAGAUCAGCAGAAUGCUGAUGCCCCAGCGCGCGUUGGCCUCUAAAAUGGGUAGAGAAAGUCAGGAUCUCCCUGUCCCUUUCAUUCAAUUCACAGGACUGUACGACGAGGGAGAGGUGAUGUUUUUGCAUGCGGCAUUGUUUCGCCAGAUCGGAUUCCUGGCAGACGAGGGCAUCGAGGUUGAGACACUGAACGCCAAUCCAGGCACUCUUUGCGGUGCACUAGUCGCGAUCGGUACGGGGAAUAACCGCCGAAUCAGUACUAUCGGCGGCGUUAUCGAAAGCAGCGAUGAGUAUUUGGCUCUCACCACCAGCCACCGUUCUAAUGACACAGUUGAUGCCUCAUCUCGGAUCAAGAGCUUCUUCUCUAUGCUCGACGUCAAACUUGAUGAAGGCGAAUACGGGGAUGAUAUUCCUCCGCCGCUCGUGGUAGACACGGUCUCUACCCACCAAAGACCAACUGAGCAACUACUGGAUGACAAGGCUGCCGCUAGUACGGCUUCUGAUAGAUCUGAUGCUGGUCCCCUAGGCAAAGUACUACACAUUGGAACUGAUUGGUCCUUGUUGCGAUUGGCCGAUCAGCUCGUUCCGCCAAACUGCAUUGAUGAGAGACUAGUGACGCUGGGUGAACAGCCUCUCGAGGACAUUCUGAAUGACGUGGUCUUCUUGAGCCGAGCGGCUUCGGAGCCAGAGGCCUGCGAAGUUCUUGUUUGUGGAGGGCGAGGCGGAUUGAACAAGCUUGACCUCACAAAGAGACCGGUCGAUUUGAUGCUCCCUUCAGGGGUUUGGAUACGGCCUUGGAAAGCAAAACAUAAGCCCGCCUUGGGAUGCAAACUACAACGAGGAGAUUCCGGUGCUUGGGUCGUGAAUAUCAACAACCGCACCGCCUAUGGCCAUAUCAUGGCUGUCACGUCAGAUGACGUAUUGAUACAACCUCUUGUGGAUAUCUUCCAGGAUAUUCAGAAUCAGAAGAAACUGGAAGUCAAGAUAGCAUCGCCGUUUGGGCAGCUAGCAAAUCUUGCCAAGCACUACUAUUUCAGUGACGAACAUCACCUGGCAGUUAGUCUUGCGCGAAAAGCUUUGGAUCCAGUAGUGAUAUCUCAGUCAACUGAGGGACUACAAGUAACAGCCAUGCUACAGGGCUUUAUGAAGCAUACCGACAAAGGGAACAAGUUCCUACCGAAGUAUUCCAGAAACCAUCUCGCCGACUUCCUUACAAAUCUAAUAAUGUGUACCGGGCGAAACAUUGACCUCAUUCGCUCCCCUACAUGGACCGAUGAUUGGACAGCUAUGUUUGGUACUCCGAUGAGUAUGAUAGAACAUGUCAACUAUCUGAAAGGAGCUGGAGGCCUGCCGACACUUGAUGAAAUUGAGGCGGCGUCAGGUCGGAAGACGGUUUCAGAUCAGGAUCCUCCGAGCACACAUUCCCGAGUCAGGGGCGUAACGGCUCAAAGACACCGCGAGAACCGAGCUUCAAGGGCCCAGAAGAAAAUUAUAAAGCAAGCAUAUGAUUGGGUGUCGAGGCUUUUCAGCCACUCCGAAAUGCAAUUCACAAUGGUCGGACUACCAGGUUGCGGUAAAUCAGAUCUUCUCCGUGGCAUCACACACCAUGAUUCAGCCACGGCCUCAAUGUCCACCGUCGGGUUCAGCACCACACGUAUACAACGAAACGGGGUCAUCGCGAAGAUCUGGGAUCUUAGUGAAGAUGUUGAGUGGCGGCUGAACUGGGGAAAAUACUCUCGAGGAGUCGACGGUGUCAUGUUUGUAGUGGACACAGGAGAUACAGAGCUUUUACCUCACGUUCGUCGACAGAUUCUCAUGCUAAUGAGUCAGCCUACCCUUUCUGGGGUUUCACUUAUAGUAUUCGGGAAUAAUUGUAGUAAUCAGAGGGGAUUAACGAUAGAGGAGUUGAGAAAGAAGUUGGAGUUAGAGCAGAUAAUGAAUGGUCGACGUGUUGAUUUCUGGGUUGGUGAUAGAGCGAAUUUUGAUGAGUUUCUCGACUUCUUGGUUAAGUGGAGGAAUGAAUAA